GGCGGGCCACGGGGGUGGAGACGGCAUGUCGGCGUCGCUCCUGCGCAAGGGCCUGGAGCUCCUUGGGGAGCCGGCUGCUUCCGGGCCCGGCCGAGGCCCCCAGAAUCGGACCCCGAGGAAGCGGUCAUCCCGGAAAAACCAAGCCACGGUCAAGGGGAAGGUCACCAAGUCGGCCCUGGAGGAGUUCCAGAAGCGGCAGAGUCAGGACCACCUGCAGGAGAACCUGAGAUUGAUGAAACAGAAGCGAGUGACUGCAGACCCGAAGGUCACCACGAAGAUCCUUCUCCAAAACCGAGGCAGGAAAGCCAGGGACCGGCCAGCCCCCAAGCCAGAGAAGGAGAAACCCCAGGGCACGGUGUUCACCGAGGAGGACUUCCGCAAGUUCCAGGAGGAGUAUUUCGGGGGUCCUGUGGAGCCCAAGUGAUAGAGAAGAAAGAGGCCUGGGUCUGAACUGGGCACAGGAAGAGUUCACGAGGCAGCAGGAGACAAGGCUCCCUUUUCAGCACAGGAGGGUGACUGAGACAGCCUGAUGGACGUUCAGAGACAGAAGGAGGCCGUGCUUCCCACCUGCUCACCACUGGAGCUUUGGGAGCCCCCUCUUCAUCCUCACCCACACACGUGGGGACUACUACAUGGGCUGCUGUUUGACACUCAGCCGCCAGGUGGCGCUUCUGCUGCUCCCCAAGCUGGGGGUGGGGAAGGGGUGGUCCCUGGGGGCUAGAGGUUUGACACAGAACCUUUUAUAAAUAAAAAUGAAAACUCCC